UGAGCAGCACGGAGAGAAGAAUUUGUAUAAAUACCAAAAGGUUCUGCGUAUUUCUUCAUUAGAGUUUCGAAUCAUCUUGUUUCAACAAGCAACUCCAACAGUUAACAUGAAACUUUUCCUGGUCGCUUUCGCUGUGAUCGCAGCUGUGGCUGCUGAUGUCAGUCACCUGCCCUCAAACGAGUACUUGCCCCCCGCACAGGAGGUCCAAGCCAUCGAGGCACCCAGCAACGAGUACUUGGCCCCAGAAGCCGAUUAUGCCGGUGAACAGGGCAGCCUUGCCGCCGAUGGAUACCGCUACAAGACCCACCGUCGUGUGGUGCUCCGUCGUCACCGUCGUGAUGUGAGCCAUCUGCCCUCCAACGAAUACCUGCCCCCACAGGAGGAGGUCCAGACCGUCGAAGCUCCCAGCAACGAGUACUUGGCUCCUGAGGCCGAUUAUGCCGGUGAACAGGGCAGCCUUGCCGCCGAUGGAUACCGUUACAAGACCCACCGUCGUGUGGUGCUCCGUCGUCACCGUCGUGAUGUCAGUCAUCUGCCAUCCAACGAAUACCUGCCCCCUCAGUCUGCUGCCCCAUCUGCUGAGUACCUGCCCCCAGUUCAGGUUGCUGCCCCAGCUCCCGCACCAGCUCCAGUCCAGAUCGUUGCUGCCCCUGCCCCAGCCCCAGCUCCAGUUGAGUACGCCGCCCCCGUUGAGGAGGCUGCCCCCGCCCACGAAUUGGCCGAUGAUGGAUACCGUUACAAGACCCACCGUCGUGUCGUCAUCCGCCGCAACCGUCGUGAUGUCAGCCACCUGCCCUCCAACGAAUACCUGCCACCCCAAGAGGUUGCCGCUCAGGCUCCAUCCAACGAAUAUCUGCCACCCCAGCAAGUUGCCGCUCCCGUCCAGGCUGCCCCAGCUCCAGUCGAAUACGCUCCAGUUGAGGAGGCUGCUCCCGCUCAUGAGCUCGCUGAUGAUGGUUACCGUUACAAGACCCACCGUCGCGUUGUGAUCCGUCGCCACCGUCGUGAUGUCAGCCACCUGCCCUCAAACGAAUACCUGCCCCCUCAGUCUGCUGCUCCCUCUGCUGAGUACCUGCCCCCUGUCCAGGUUGCUGCCCCAGCUCCAGUCCAGGUCGUUGCUGCCCCUGCCCCAGCCCCAGUUGAGUACGCCGCUCCCGUUGAGGAAGCUGCUCCCGCUCAUGAGCUCGCUGAUGAUGGUUACCGUUACAAGACCCACCGUCGCGUUGUGAUCCGCCGCAACCGUCGUGAUGUGAGCCACCUCCCAUCCAACGAGUACCUGCCCCCAGUCCAGCAGGAGGCCGUGCCCACCAGCGAAUACCUGCCCCCAGUGUCCAACGUUGUCGAUGAGUACUCCGGUGUUGAGCAGGGCAACCUCGCCAACGAUGGUUACCGUUACAAGACCCACCGUCGCGUUGUCCUCCGUCGCCACCGUCGUGAUGUGAGCCACCUGCCCUCAAACGAGUACCUGCCUCCUCAGGCUGCUGCUCCAUCUGCUGAGUACCUGCCACCCCAGCAGGUUGCUGCUCCCGCUCCCAUUCAGAUCGCUGCUCCCGCUCCCGUCCAGGUUGCUGCCCCAGCUCCCGCUCCAGUUCUCGAUGUGUCGGUCCCAGUUGAAGAGGCUGCCCCAGCUCAUGAGCUUGCUGAUGAUGGAUACCGUUACAAGACCCAGCGCCGUGUCGUCUACCGUCGUCAUUAAUUCUCAUCUGAAAUGGUUCACUAAGUGAUCAAUUUGUACUCAUUUUGGAGUGCAAGUUUAAUACAUAUAAGAAUACUUCCUCUUUUCGUUCACGAAAUAAAAUAUUACGAAAAUAAAA